GUCGGAAGACCCAUCGAUCAGCUCGAACAAACGCGAUAGUUGUGGAAGAAUCGUCACAAGUUUCCCGUCAAGGUGGCGGUUCGGUGUCGGUCAAGCGUCUCGUCGAGCUCCCUUUCUCAUGCCUUUCUCAUUUUUUCCCCCUCAGAACUUCCGGACACUUGAACGUCGCACAGUCUUCGGCAGCUAGUUUUUUUUUUUUUUUUGGUCGACGAAUCGUUGCGUAUUUUCUGGUCUUUCACAUAGGUAUGCUCGAUGAAAAGUUAGUUUUCUGUUCCGGAAUGCGAUUCAGGUGAAAGAGAGCCCGGCGCCAGUGAAUAAACGGGUGAAAAGGCUGAACGACGGUGGAAGUUAGGGAAGGAUUCCUGUAGCUACUUGGACCGGGACUGCAGACGGCUCCACUGAAGGCUGGUUACUAUGGGGACGAGAGACUCCUGCUGGCGCCCGCGCGUCGUCGCUAUAUCUGCCAAUCACCAUGAAGAAUAGAACACCAUGACUACAGUUGUCAACAAGCUCACAGUCGCCUGGUACACAGAAGUACAGCAGAAGGAAUUUUGGGUGUAAAUAUAGGGGAAUUCUGUCACAUUACAGCUCUUAAAAUCAGGACCCAGAACAAGGAGCAAAGAGGGUAUGUUGAAGCUACUCUGGUUUCUUAAAACGUUACAGUGCCUUUGCUGGAGCAGUGAAAUCAAGCUUCUCCCUUUUUAAUCAAUACAUUUCUAUGGUUGUGUGUUCAGUUAAAAUAUUCUUGCAGAUUGGGGGCGCUGGUGAUGCCAGAGUUUGAUGCAAAAUCCCGGCGAAAUGUUGAAAAAGCUACAGAACCUGGAAUUGUUUAAGCCACCUCGACCCUACCUGGGAGAGCCACCAACAGUGGCGGGGUUUCUACUGUACCCAGAUGCUCCAACAAAGAUGGAGACCACAUCACAAGAGGCAUUCUGUUUCAAGCCCAUCUGUUAUGAAGUCAAUGGAAGCAAAGGUUAUGAUGACCCAAGGGGCGAACACUCUGCCCAGAAGCCGCAGCGGGAGUCCACAUGCUCUAGUCUCACAUCUUCCAGACAAACAGGAAGAGGAAGCAGCAGCAGGAACACAAAAGGCGAACAAGGAAGCACUGAUUACUGUCGCGGUCCCAUAGAGAUGAAGUCUCUUUACCAGAAGGACUUCCCUGCGCCAUCUUUGUGCCGCAGGAGAACCCCGGCAGCCCCACAGCCGGACAACAUCGGGAUCAAUCCGGCUCUCAGAUUUGAGUUCAGCACAGUCCAGAGAGAGACCUACCGACCACUCUGGGAGAAAGAGGGAGCAAGGAGCAUCGGUGGAAAGAUAAUUUAAUGUCAACUGGUAUGUGCUUGCCCAAGGAAGAAUGUUACUAUAUGAGACAAAGGGAAUGAGAUGCGAGAUGAAAUGCAUCAUAUAACCAUCAACACUACAUGAAUUUGCCCCUUCAACAUACAUAAAUCUAUGCGUGAUGUUGCACUUCUUGUGUUGUUUUUUCCCUCACACAUUAAAUUUAACUAUGAA